AUGGCAUUCAUUGAGGCAUUUGGAACAUCCAGCCAAAUCGAACAAGCAGCCAUAAUGUUGGCCACUCAGACAGCGUCAUAUGACAUUAAACGCCCAUUAGAAGAAUCCUGGCCAGCCAAAAUGGCAACAUCCAACGAUCAUGUAGUACAGAUCAACAGUCAACAACCACAAACAUUAGCAUCAGGUUCACAAGAUAUGAAUGAACCUCCGCCAGCGGUGAUCUCCGUAGACAAACAUAUGGACAUCGAACAUUUGCAAUUGAAAUACCUACUAGAAACACAGCAAAUGCAAAAUGAAUUGAACACGAAACAAGCCCAACUGGAAAAAUCUGAAAUGACAUUAAAAGCCAAAGAAAUGGAAAUGGACCUGAUUAUAAUGACACAACAAGUUCACUAA